UGAUAACUCUGCUAUUAACCCACCUAAUCCAGACCCAAGCCAUGACCCUGCGACAGCUAUACUUCGAAAGAAGCCAGCACCAAAUAAAUUAAUUGUUGAUGAUGCUACAAACGAUGAUAACUCUGUAAUGUCGCUUUCCACGGCUACCAUGGAAAAACUACAGCUUUUCCGUGGUGAUACCGUUUUGAUCAAAGGGAAAAAAAGACGUGAUACUGUAUUAAUCGUUUUGGCAGACGAUUCAUGUGAUGACACAAAAGUGAAAAUUAAUAAAGUUGUAAGAAAUAAUCUUCGUGUGCGACUCGGUGAUGUGGUCGCAAUUCAUCCUUGCACCGAAAUAAAGUACGGAAAACGUAUUCAU